AUGGCCUUGGGGCCGACAUUUCCACAUGGACCCGCGCCAACUGGAAAUAUGGGCCGCGCACGCCCGCGCAUAUCUACGUGUUCACAGUCCAGACUAGACAUUUCCACCACCAUGGCCAAAAAAGACGCAGCGCUCAAAAAAGCGGCUGCGGCCGCCCAGGCCGCGGUCGGAUCCAAGCCUGAUUCCGAGCCUCUUAAGAAAUUCCGCGUGAAAAGCUCCCUCUCCUCAUCUGUGGGCGAUGUCGUUGGCGCUAUCAAUGCGACAUACAAAGACUACCUUGAUUCGUUGACGCCACGUUUGAAAACAAUCGACACGUUUUUGGUAUUCCUUGUUGCCUUAGGCGUCUUGCAGUUUGUAUAUGUGUUGCUUGUGGGCAACUUCCCGUUCAAUGCCUUCUUGGGUGGCUUCAUCUCCUGCGUGGGCCAGUUUGUGUUGACGGUGAGUUUAAGAAUGCACUAUGCUGGAUCCGACGGCCCGCUGGCGUCGCCCGAACGCGGGUUUGCUGAGUAUGUGCUAGCCAGUGUGAUGUUACACUUUAUAGUGUUCCAUUUUAUCAAUUGA